UGUCUAAGUCGUCUGUUGUCGUUGAGGUUAAGAAAAGUCGCUCAAAAUGUCUGCGGGCGAUCGCGGUGAUUGGCUGCCCCCACGCGCGCCAGGCAGCCCGACUAUCCGCACCGUGGAGAUGCACGCGGGAGGAGAGCCGCUCCGGGUGGUGGUGCCGGGCGCGUUGGGACUGCUGGAGCCCGCACCUGGGUUGCCUCUCCUGACUCGGCGGCGGCGCCUCCUGGACUCCCCGGAGCUGGACGCUGUGAGGCGGCUGUUGAUGCACGAACCCCGCGGACACCGCGACAUGUACGGCGCGGUGCUGGUGCCCAGCGAGGUGCCCGGAGCCGCCGUCGGAGCCCUUUUCGUGCACAACGACGGCGCGAGCUCCAUGUGCGGCCACGCCGUCCUUUGCCUGGGCCGCUUUGCUGUCGACUACGGCCUCUGCCAGCCCUCCCCUUCUCCCGGGGAGACUGCCGUCGCCAUUCACUGCCCCUGCGGGCCCGUCACUGCUUUUGCAUCCUGGGAUGGGCAGCGCAGUGGAAGUCGCGUUCGCUUCCACAGCGUGCCCGCCUUCGCCGCGGCUACCGAUAUAACCAUUGAUGUUCCUGGCUAUGGAAAAGUCCUCCUUGAUGUUGGAUAUGGGGGUGCUUUCUAUGCAUUUCUCAGUGCUGAACAAUUGGGCCUUGAUGUAUGUUCCUCGAAGAUUAGGGAUCUGGUAGAUGCAGCAUCUGCAGUAACUGAAGCUGUAAAGGCUCAGUUCAAAGUUCACCAUCCUCUUAUUGAAGACAUGGCUUUCCUUUAUGGAACUAUACUGACAGAUGGAAAAGAUGAAUUCAGUGAUGAACCUACAAGUAACAUAUGUGUAUUUGGAGAUGCACAGGUUGACCGAAGUCCUACAGGAUCAGGUGUGACUGCCCGCAUUGCCUUACAAUACCGUAAAGGAUUAAUUCGGCUGAACCAGACCAGGACCUUCAGAAGCAGUUCAACUGGUUCCUUGUUCACUGGAAAAGCAAUAAAGGAAACUAAAUGUGGUGAUUACAGUGCUGUUAUAGUGGAAGUCUCCGGAGAAUCCUUUUAUACCGGAACGUCAACCUUCACUCUUGAAGAAAAUGACCCACUGAAAUAUGGUUUCUUUCUCAAGUAAUUGCUUUCUUAAUAGCCCUGAUGAAAAAGAUGCAUUUUUGUUUAGUUUUGAAUAGGGGUAUUGGCCUCCGUUUCUUAUUGGUAAUUAAUACAAAGAAUGACAAACACAGUAGUGUAGCCAAAGUUAAGAAUUUCCAAAUUCACUACAAAAUGUUUUGUUGGCAAAGAGGGACAUGAUGGCAAGGUGGGAAGUCAUAAAUAUUCUUUCUCAAUGUCAGAAAAUUCUUGUAAGGGACGGAUCUGUGGGGAAUUAGAGCAAUCUAUGAUGGUUGUUGAUAAACCUAUGAUAGCAAAAUGUAAGUAACACCAAACCAGAAUUGCAUUAGGUAUGUUAAAUAUUUAAAAAUAGCUUACAAAGAAAUUGAUCAAGGAUUUCUGAGGAUGACAGUACUUUUUUCGUUUACAGUGGAAAUAGGGGAAUUCUCUUGCUAGACUUUUUUGUGGAGGGAGGAGAUACCUAUUCUUUGAAUUACAUUAUGGAUAUUAAUUACAGAAGGCUACAUUUUUUUAAAAAAACGUGGCAGUCUUAAAUACUUUUACUGGGAAUAUAACUCAUUAAGUACAUUGUGACUCAGUGCUGAGUAGUCAUGUAGAACUAAACAGUAUGUUCUUGCCCAUGUUUAUGAAACAAGCUUUUAUAUCUGAUUUUGACAUUCGCUUUUCUAUAUAGCUAUACAGUACAGGCACCAUGUUGGAUAUGCAGAACUGUAACCAACUCCUUAAAAUCAAUUGAGUAUAAAGAUUGAUGGCCAGCACAUGAAUUUAUUAAAUAAAGUGCAAAUGAAAAGGUCA